AUGCAUCCCUUAACUGUCAUCACUUUCUUUAUCUCAGUCGCUGCUGCUUCGAAGUGCAAGGGUAACCGGCACUGUUCUGUUGACGAGCUCACUGUCUCCCAAGCCCAGAAUACCUGUGGCAAUGACAUGACCGUCCAAUGCUGCAACAAGGUUUCUAACAAGCCUGCUGGAAAUGCUGCGGGACAGGGCUCGGUUAUCCUUAACGAUUUGACCCUCUUCGAUGGAUGCUCUGAUCUCAGUCUCAACGUUGUCGGUAUCCUUGUUGGCCUUCUGGGAAAGAAGUUCGGUGGCAAUGUUACUUGCUGCCAGAACAGUCCCUCUACUUUAAAGCCAGCGGCGGUCUUAUUAAUGGAGCUCUGCCUUGCAUUGCAUUGA